GAACUUUUUUUCUUUCUCUAGACUCAGCUGGUCAUAUCCUUGCUGCUCCUCUACUUAAUCUCCGUGCAAGGAAAAGCAGGAGGCUGCGGGGCGGCGAGUGCGAGUCGGAGCCUCUGGACCUGAGCACCAUGAAGAGGCAGAUAGUCUCGGGUCAGUACCGGAGCCUGGAUGCGUUUGACAAGGACAUGCUCAGAGUGUUCAUCAGCGCCGAGAAAUACUAUGGCAAGAAAUCAGCGGUGGGUCGUGAUGUGUGCCGAUUGCGCCGGGCGUACCACAGCAUUCGCCGCAACGCUGCCAUCCAGCUCAGCGAUGCGGAGACAGGUGCCGCCAGCAACACGACAACCGCCGGCACCCAAGACUGUGACCCCAACGUACGCAGCUGUCACCAUAAUGACCAGCGGGACAGUGAGGACGAGGCCAUGGUUCAGUGUGAGCAGGGCACGCAGAGGGGUGAGGUGUGCUUCCCAUCCUCCCUGGUUCUCCACUCAGCUCUGGACCGCAUGGAGGCCCAGAAGAAACGGCUGGACAUGGUGGUGUGGAAGCUCCUGCAACACCAGCCCAGCACAGACAAGAGGCUCCCCACCGUGCCUCCUCCAAGCUGCCUCCAACCAUCCACCCAGCCGCCCACCAGCUCCCCGUGUGGAGCAGACAACAAGAGCAUGAGGGCGGAGGCCAAGAGAACAGAGGGCUGAGGAGGAGGACAGAACAUGAGGGUGGAGGCCAAGAGAACAGAGAGCUGAGGAGGAGGAGGAAGAGGACAGAAUGGUGGGGAAGGGGAUGUGCACUGUGUUCUCCACAAACAACACAGCAGUCUCUCUGGCAGCUCAAAAUGGACCAAUGGACCAGGUAGAGUAAAAUGACCAGGAUCCCAAUGCAAGACCCUAGAAAAGACAGAACAUGCACAGGUCAAACAUCUCGCCCCUGGGGAGGAGAAUGUGCUAUGUAAGUCCACCCUGGAUGAAUGGACAUAGGUCAACAGCCGUGGAAGAAGUGCACUCGCUGGCGUCAGUGGAUACCUGCAGCCACCUCUGGAUGUGGUGCCUUUCCCUUUGCACUAUCCUCUGCUUGGACAGACACUAUGGCCACAGCCAAUUUACGCGUUUAUACCCUUAAGCACCUUUUACUGCAAUUAAGCUAAUACAAGAUGUAACUAGUUUGCGUUUAAGCCAAACCAGAUUUUAAUGGGAAUAUUUGUACUUGUAUUUGAAUAUCUGAAUGUAUUGUUUAUGUAUUUGGUCCCAACAAAUUAUGCAAUUUUGGUCCAUGACCUAAACAGAUUGACAUACCAGCUAAAAAUAAGAGUAAAACAAUAUCUAACAGAUUAAAUGAGAAUAUGUUAGUGUUCAUAACAGCUAAAAGAAAGGAAAUAUAACUUAUUGACAUGUAUGCUUAAGAAAUAGAGCUUUACUUUUACUGCAGUUUGCAUACUUGUAGUAAUAAUUGUAUGAAGCUACAUUUUAUAAUUUAAAAGCACUUAUUAUCUACACUGUAUCAUAUUUGGUUUCUUAUUAGAUCAAAUAUUUUUUGGCAGAAGGCAGCUGUAUUGUGUAAUGUCUAAUUGCCUUGAAUAUUAAGAUAUUAGGAGUCGAAUAUGUAUAAAAUGUUUAACUGUACAGUACAUACAUAGGAGUAGGACACAAGGUCAUAAAACAUGUUCCUUGCUCUUGUUUUUUUCUCUUUGGUCCAAUCCUACAGUCUGUUUCCAGCUAAGAACUUUUGCAGACAGUGUCAGCAGUACCGUCAAGCCUACAUUUAUGACAGCAUUAUGAAGAUAGGUGCCAAAUGUUAAAAAAGUUGAAUGUUCAAUAAAGAUUAUUUUGCCCUGUG